AUGUUUUUCAUUUAUUUAGAACGAUUUCAUGAACUUGAUAAACGUUGUCGAGAUUUUGAAAAUGCAAAUAAUGAAUUAAAACAAUUGAAUAUUCAACUUGAAAAAGAUUCAUUAAGUGUUGGUGGUGUUACUGAAUUAUUUCGACGAGGAUCUGAAGGACAAAUAAGUGAUAGUAAUUCAAAUGAAACUAUAAUAAUUGAAGAUGUAUUAAAUCAAUCAUCUACAUCUCCAGCAUCAUUUAAGGGUUCAUUUUCACAUGUUUCAUCACGUGAUACAACAUCGGAUGAAGCAUUAACUACUAUUGUUAUUAGUCAACGUGAACGAUUUCGUAUUCGUAAUGUUGAAUUAGAGAGCGAAAAUGUUUCAUUAAAACAACAAACGAAUAUAUUUCAAAAUGAAAUGGAUAAACUUCGAUCGGAUAAUAUAAAAUUAUAUGAAAAAAUUAAAUUCGUUCAGAAUUAUCCUACAACACGUGGAACAGAUGGUCCUAUUGAUCGGUAUUCACGUGGUUAUGAUGCAUCAUUGGAUCCAUUUACUAAUUUUACGAAACAAGUAUUGGAUAAUUUAAUGUUUAUAUAUAGAUUUAUAUUUGAUU